CUAACAGAGGAUAAACUCUUCAAAAUGGCAAUGAUGAUGAUGUUACAUCGUCUCAAAAUCUUUGCUCCUCUUUCCCAUAGUGUUUACACCCAACCUUCAAAACCCUAUUCCAGAUCAACAAUGGCUUCUUGGUCCUGCACAAAGUGCACCUUUAUCAAUCCUUCAUCUCAAAAGACAACAUGUCUCAUCUGCUUAUCUCCACCUUCUCCUUCCUCUUCUUCAUCCGCACCGAUUGCGCCCAAAUGGUCUUGCAAAUCCUGCACUUUCCUAAACCCUUUUGAUAUCUCCAACUGUCAAAUCUGCGCCACCCGAUCCUCACCCUUCUCUCUUUUGUCCACCAUCGAUGACGAUGAUUUAGACCCAUCUAUUGGUUCCGUUUUCUUGCCUUUACGGCCUUGUAAGAGAAAGAUUCGCGAUUCCCCGGAGAAACUCGCUGAUACAAAUGGUUUUCGAGGAACCAAAGCCUUGGCUAUUGCAGUUAACAAUGAUUCGAAAUUACCAAGAAAUGAUUCAAAACCCUUGAAGAUUAUGAGCUAUAAUGUCUGGUUUAGAGAAGAUUUGGAACUUGAAAGUAGGAUGAGAGCCCUUGGAAGCCUCAUUCGUCAACAUUCUCCAGAUUUCAUAUGUUUUCAGGAGGUUACCCCCAAUAUAUAUGAGAUUUUUCAGAAGUUCAAUUGGUGGAAAGCUUAUAGCUGCUCUGUUUCACAUGAAAUGGCAAUGACAAAAGGCUAUUUCUGUAUGCAGAUGAGCAAACUGACUGCGAAAUCCUUCAGCGAAAAGCCAUUUUUUAACUCUAUAAUGGGUCGAGAACUUUGUAUAGCCGAGCUUGAGAUCAAGCCCGAUUUGCCUUUACUGAUAGCCACCUCUCAUCUUGAAAGCCCUUGCCCUGGACCACCCAAAUGGGAUCAAAUGUAUAGCAAGGAAAGAGUUCAACAGGCGAAAGAAGCCAUGAACAUCCUUAAAGAAAACCCUAAUGUCAUUUUUUGUGGAGACAUGAACUGGGAAGAUAAGUUGGAUGGUCGAUUUCCUUUUCCAAAUGAUGGGUGGUUUGAUGCUUGGGAAAUGCUAAGACCAGGAGAAAAUGGAUGGACUUACGAUACGAAAACGAACAAGAUGUUGUCGGGUAAUAGGACCCUUCAGAGGCGGUUGGAUAGGUUUGCAUGCUGCCUGAAAGAUUUUGAAGUUAGUGGAAUCGAAAUGAUUGGUUUGGAGGCAAUACCCGGUUUGACUUAUUUAAAGGAGAAGAAACUUAAAGGGGAAGUGCGCCAAAUCGAACUGCCUGUCUUGCCUAGCGAUCAUUACGGUUUGAUCUUAACAAUCAGCUCGAAGUAGCUUCAAAUCUUUCGCAAAAAGUGCAUUUCUUUUCAACAUUUUGUAAGCAAGCAACUUUUGGUGGAAUUUUUGUUGCGGUUAUGUUAUAUAACUGUCAUUUUACCAAAAGGAAGAAGGUUCAACUUUGCCCUACAUCUAAAUUAUGAACUCUUUUCUUUCUAA